AUGGAAAUGGAGGAGCCAACGGUAUUGCGCAAGGACCAGUUGGAGAUAAGUUUCCACAAGGAGAAGAAAUUGAUCCAGGAGGGCACCAUCAAGGAUGACAACCCAUUGGACCUGAGUGAGCCAUUCCGGGACCUCUGCAGUGCUUGCCGAAAGGGCGAUCUGAAAGUCUGUCAGGAAAAAAUCACCGAAGGGGUCAAUGUCAAUGCCCGCGAUCUUUACGACUAUACGCCUUUGAUUUUGGACGGACACUGGAAUACCCCACUGGUGAUGAGGAGGGUUGAUCAUUGUAAGCGUCGUGGGCUGACGAAGAUAUCUCUCUUGCACUGUAGAUGCCUGUAUAAUGCUCUCAACGACCGUAUCCGCAAUCUCCUUCUUGAAUAUGACUACUCCAAGUCUACCGAUCCUCUGCAGCCCCUCGCUGCCCAUAUAGCCUCACUCCUUACUCGAGACUCCCCCAUCACCACCGAUAUCGUGGUAACUUCGAAUGAUGAGUCCAUCCACCUGCACAAAUUUAUCCUCGCUGCUCGCUCCCCUUACUUCAAGGGUAAACUCUCCACCGCCCCUGAUUCAACAGCGUGGAAUAUCCCCAGCCACAUUCCACCACAGGCAUUUAGCGCUGCCAUCAGGUAUCUUUACUUGGGCGAAGCUCCACGGGAGCUACGGGGUGGCCCCGGAACUGGGUUCACCGAGACGGAGGUCUUUGCGGGGAUCGACAGGAUUGCGAAAUAUCUUGAGAUUGAAACCCUGGUGGAUAGUAUACUUGAAAGUGGAGAUCGGCGACUUGCUCGACAGAGAAGGACGUUGGAAUUAUCUAAAGGCAGAGAUCAAUUAGAGAACUGGUUCCGCACGAAUGUGCUUGGCAACAAGAUUGUCGUUGAGACAUCGAAGGCGGGCGAAGUGAAAUGGGAUCAUGACAAUCACAUCUUUGCAGAUGUUCUUCUCCGCGCGGAUGAGCUACCCGAAGACGCCGAGGAUGCUGGCACAGCCGAUGGCCAGCAAAAGUCCACAUUAUUCCCAUGCCACCGGGCGAUGCUGCUCCGCUCGGAGUUCUUCCAAGCCAUGUUCACAUCUUCUUUCCGCGAGGCCCAUGUCACGGAUAACCUGCACAUUAUUGACGUCGAUUGUUCACCAGAAGUAUUAGAGAUCAUUCUGACAUUCUUAUACACUGAAAGGGCCGAUUUCCCUCUCGAUGUCGCUGUCGAUGUAUUAUUUGCAGCCGACAUGCUUUUCAUCGAGAAGCUCAAGACCAAGGCUGCUGUUGUCAUCAGUACCCUAGGAAGUGGAGGGCUAUCACAAGAAGAAGCAGCGAGAACAAGAGGCGAUGUCGACGAGGACGACAUUGACGUUUACGCAAUUAUGCGCGCUGCUUGGUUAACCAGAGUCCAGCGACUUGAAGAAUUCGCUGCUCGGUACCUUGCCUACCGGUUGGAAGCUCACAUUGAUUCGGCCGACUUCGCGGAGCUCAUACAAGAAUCCGCAUCGCGUAUUCAAGUACGACAGGAGACUGAUACCAUUGAAUUGCUGGAUGACAUUCGAUUCUAUCUGAACGAGCGAUUCCGGUUACGGUUUGACGAUGCUGGCCUCGACGAGAUGUUGAAUGGGCAACAGGCGCCUCCAGCGGACGCCGCAAAGGAAAUUACCGAAAUUACCGAUCGUGUCGACGCGUUAAAUGUUUCUCGGUCGGUUGAGCAGCCCGUUGAAGCUGAUGGGCACCGUGAAAUUCGUACCUUAGACGGUGCGAUCGUUGAAGAUGAAUUCUCCGAAGACGCGAUGAACUACGAAAUUCUGAUGGAAAAACUGGAUGCUCUUCUGGAAAAUCUCAACCUUGAAGCUUAG